UAUAAGGGGAGAGCCCAGCUUGUGGGACAAGCCUCCCUGCGGAUUGAUCGCACGACGGCGGAUGACGAGGGGAUGUACGCCCUGUCAAUCAUGACCGACGAACGGGGAACCGACGAGAAAUUCAUUCGCCUGGAACUACAUGUCCCACCCAGGCUAGAGGUUGGCCCAAGCAAUCCAUACAUCACUACGUGGGGAAAGACUGUUUCUCUCAUGUGUACUGUGAAGGACGCCAAACCCAACAUUACAUCACUUUACUGGGAAAAAGAUGGCGGAAGAAUCGAAGCUAACGGCUACGAGGGGAAGUACUCUGGCGGGAACGCAAAGUCGUCAUCAUUGGUUAUCCGCCACGUCACUAGAAAUGAUGCCGGACUUUACACCUGUUUUGUAGAACACCCCGUACGGUCUGCUGCAGAAAGCAUGCUGGUCCGUGUGCAAUAUCCUGCCUCCAUAAUCAGCAUCUCGGAUUCUAUGGACGUUAGUGUUUCCGACCACGUGACUUUCCAAUGCGUUGCCGAUGGCAACCCCACUCCGAACAUCACGUGGUCUAAAAACGGACGACUUUUGAGCGCCAACUCUUACGUCUUGUCUGGCGAUGUUCGUACGAGCUCCCUUGUCCUGAACAGCAUUCAAAAAGAGAUCACCGCUACAGCUCUAGCCAUAGUAAUCGGUGCCACAGCAGGCGGUCUUUGGUUUCUCAUCUGCCUCUGCCUUCUCGGAUACGUAUUAAGAAGGCGGCGAAGACAAGAGGAAAGGAAGAAGUUCGCCUUUUACUACGACAUCGGAUCAAGAAGAAACCACGCUACACCUAGUACAAAUGAAGGGCAAGACCCACGGAGACAUUCAGCAUUACCAGACAAACCAGAAUACCACCCAGCGGAUCAAAAUGGAAUUGACACGAUGCAGAAACACACACAAGAAAGAAGAUACGCCAGGGCCAUGUAUGAUUACAAACCCAGAGACGAUAACGAGUUACGUCUGGAGGCGGCAGAUGUGAUUGAAGUACUAGAAGGAGAAGCUGGUGAUUGGUGCCUGGGUUUCACGGCAGGCAGGGUGGGACUCUUUCCCUCCAACUACGUCGUCUUCAUCUCUGCCUCAGAAGUAAUUGACAUCCACUCUCCUGAUGUCUGCUGCCUUUCGGAGGGACACCCCGACCAAACAAAAGAUGGCGUCUGACUCCUCUACAGCGUACAUAUCUCAGUACAACUACGAGUGACUCGGCUUCUGUUUAUUCUUAGACUAUCAGUUGUGGGUACAAUUCGUCCCCUUUAUCAUACAGCAUCAAAAACAGUUUUCUCAUUUUUUAUCAUUCGUGAUGAUUACAAAAAGAGAAACAUGGAAUGAGUACCUGUGUGUGAAACCGAUUUAAAGUUACCACAUUUUCUGUCUUGUUCGAUCCCUAUCAAAACGAUUUCUCAACAGCCUAAGGUACUUUUUUUCUUAUCUGACUCUUAUGGCCAAUGUAUCUGAUUUUAUCAACAAUAUAGCAGAUAUCACAGUACAGUUCAUGAACGUAAUCAUGUACAAUAAACAUGCAUGUUGGCUCUUUCUUUGAGUCCGAACAUCAGUGUAACGGCUGACGUUGGCCUGACCUCUGGUGACUAUAGAGCCCUAUUC